CAUACUUGAGCAACACAUUAUACCAUUUUACUAAACAUCACAGCAAGAAAUAGAAGUGAAAAAGAAAUUUAAGAUGGUGAAGGCAAAGAUCAUUUUCGUUCUUUCGUGUAUGAUGCUGCUGUUGAAUUUAUCCACUGUUCAUACUCAAGGGGAUGAUGAUAUAAAAUGGUGCCCUAAGCAGGAGAUAUUCGGAGGAGGAUCCUGCCCAGAAUGGGGGCCGCGUUAUCAAUGCUUUCUUGACUUUCUAGGGAAGUACGGAGCAAGUAGUAUGCCAAAGAAUUGUGAAUGCCAAUCUUCAGGAACUGAUAAAAGAUUGUGCACUUGUGACAUUGUUUGUUCACAAUUUUAGUUCAAAAAAUUGCCAGAGCAGCAACAAGUUUUGGUAUUUACUAGUUUGAUGGGUGUUUCAUCCACAAUAAUUCUCAAAGGUUUGCAAAUUAUAUGUGGUCACAGCCUGAAAAAGAAAUUUCCUUUUUUGCCCUUA